AUGGCCACAGAACCCAAUAACGCAGCGAUGAUAACUCCGGCACAAUUGAGCGUGAUGAAUUCCUCUCUCUUCCUCAAGUCUCCUCGAACCCUCUUGCGACACGGUAAAUCUCCCCCCUCCCCCAACGCCCCACUCGAUCCAAAAGCUUCGAAUCAACGAGAAUAUCCCCUUCAUCUCUGUCAAUUAAUGAUUGCCAUAUUCGACGAAGACGGAGGCGGCGACGUGGACUUCCAAGAGUUUGUCUCGGGACUAUCAGCCUUCAGCUCGAAGGGGAAUAAAGAGGAGAAGCUGCGCUUUGCCUUUAAAGUCUACGAUAUCGACCGCGACGGCUACAUUUCGAACGGAGAGCUGUUCAUUGUCUUGAAGAUGAUGGUCGGGAGCAACUUGAAGGAUAUGCAGCUUCAGCAGAUCGUGGAUAAGACCAUUAUGGAGGCUGAUAAAGAUGGCGAUGGGAAGAUUAGUUUUGAGGAAUUUACGCGCAUGGUGGAAAAUACGGAUGUCAGCAUGAGCAUGACUUUGGAUCAGUUCUAA